AGGAAUAUAAUAAUUUGAAGCUCAGACACGUAGAAAACUGAAUUUUAUUUUCAUGUAAAUUGAAAUUGUUUACAAUAUACUGAAUUAGAAGCAGUAAAACAGAUUUUAAACUAUUAGAUCACAAUUAUUGAUAAGUUAGUUUGAAUAUUAAUUGUAUAAAUUUAUUUCAGUCUUGUUUACACAAUUCAAAUCAUAUAAAAUUAACAUGCUAGAUUCUUCUUUCUUGCCUUUUUAUCAUUUAGAAAUAUUAUCGACAAAUUAAUUUCAAACAGGUUUGGAACGUUUUUAAGUUUGAUGUAAUUUCCAAAUUGUUCGUUCCAGCAACGGUAGUGGAACACCGCACGGAAGCCACGUGGAUUGAUGUUAGGAUCUGUUUGAAAUUAUGGGGUAAAUUUGCAAUAAUGAAAACUAUAUGUUGUUUUUUUUUGUUUUUUUUUUUUGAUCAAAACUAUAUGUUGUUAUUUUCUAUAAAUUUGUGUAUACUUUUUCCCCAAGUCCCGGACCUUCUCAAACCUUCCUUCCUCUACUAGUUACAACUAACUGACAUUCCCCAAACUCAAAACAAGUAUUCGAUCGCUGAAGAAAAAGCUCUUACAACCGGAGGAAUAGUGACUUUCAAUUUAUAUUGCUCAGUUGUUGAAACCGAAAGAGAGAGAUCAAAUAUUAUGCGGCCUUUUCCUGCUCCUAUAGACAAGCUCAAACCAAUAUUUUCGGUUUCAAGAUCACACGGUAAAGUAGUGAGAACCAUUAUACCCAAGAAACUUGAGAACGUGAACAAUAGCGAAAGAGAGACAAUGAAGAAGACUGAGGAAACAGUAGACCCAGUGGUUGCGUUCAGUAAACCACCACCGUUUACACCAUUUGUCGGUCCAUUGCUCGUGUAUUCGCUUCUUCAAUCAUGGUUUAGCGGCGAUGAAGACGGCUAGUUACAUCUUGGAAUAUAUUUAUGUAAUUAUGUAUUAUAUGAGAUGUCUGCAUGCCAAAGUUUUCUUAACCAUAAUCUCUAAAAUUUAGAUAUCAACCGAGUCUUUAGUAGGCAUAAUCUUGUGAGAUCUUAAUGCAUGUUUGGUGUUGUUUUAAGUCGAUCACUUGUUUUUUUUUUUUUAAGUUUUGUGUGUUUGUGAUCAAAAGAGUUUUGUAGUAAUGCAUCUAGUAAAUAAUAGUUAAAAAAAAUUGAUCUGGUUUCACUCACUACUAAUUUUGUUUUCAACCCAUUUUUAGAGCACCAGAUUGAAAUUGCAAGCAUCAUUUGUUGUAACCAGUCUUCUUUGAAACAGUCGAGAUUCUCUUCAAGCCUUGAAUUUUGAUCUUUUGCAAUG